CUUGCCUCCGCCUCUGCCACUGCCACUGCCACUGCCACUACCCAUAGUAGAGUAGUGAGAUACUACACUGAUAGAGUUGAGUUGAAAGUUGAACCCUGAAUAUUUGUUAGAUCCACCAUUGAAAUUCAAUGUCGAGCUUUUCUCGUCAAAUGAGACUAUGUUCUUCGUCUCUGAUCAAGCGUUUUCAACACAGAAUCACAAGAUCUUUCACCACUACCGAAGGCCAUCGUCCUUCCAUUGUCCACAAGCGCAGUCUCGAUAUUCUUCACGAUCCCUGGUUCAACAAGGGAACAGCAUUCUCCAUGACAGAACGAGAUCGUCUUGAUCUUCGUGGACUUCUGCCUCCAAAUGUUAUGUCCCUUGAACAACAAAUUGAGCGCUUCAUGGAAGACCUGAAGAGGUUUGAAUUGAAUGCUAGGGAUGGACCAUCUGAUCCAAAUGCUUUAGCCAUGUGGCGGAUACUUAACAGAUUGCAUGAUAGAAAUGAGACAAUGUACUAUAAGGUAUUAAUUGCUAAUAUUGCGGAAUAUGCACCUAUAGUCUAUACUCCUACAGUUGGUCUUGUUUGCCAGAAUUAUAGUGGAUUGUUUAGAAGGACCAGGGGGAUGUAUUUCAGUGCUGCUGAUCGUGGGGAAAUGAUGUCAAUGGUGUAUAAUUGGCCAGCUGAUCAGGUUGAUAUGAUUGUUGUAACAGACGGAAGCAGAAUAUUGGGUCUCGGUGAUCUUGGACUGCAUGGUAUUGGAAUUGCAAUUGGGAAGCUGGAUUUAUAUGUUGCUGCUGCUGGGAUAAAUCCUCAAAGAGUACUUCCUAUCAUGAUUGAUGUUGGAACUAACAAUGAAAAGCUUCUCAAAGAUCCCUUGUAUUUGGGAUUGCAAGAACACCGCCUUGAUGGAGAGGAGUAUAUUUCAGUUAUUGAUGAGUUCAUGGAGGCUGUGUUCAGUCGUUGGCCAAAUGUGAUUGUACAGUUUGAAGAUUUCCAAAGCAAGUGGGCCUUCAAGUUAUUGCAGCGUUACAGAAAUAGCUACAGAAUGUUUAAUGAUGAUGUCCAGGGAACAGCAGGAGUUGCAAUUGCUGGUCUUUUAGGAGCUGUAAGAGCACAAGGAAAGCCAAUGAUUGACUUCCCAAAGCAGAAGAUUGUUGUUGCUGGGGCUGGAAGUGCAGGAAUAGGGGUUCUCAAUGCUGCUAGGAAAACAAUGGCAAGGAUGUUAGGAAAUAAUGAAUAUGCUUUUGAGAGUGCUCGGAGUCAAUUCUGGUUAGUUGAUGCUAAGGGCUUGAUCACCGAGGAGCGUGAAAAUGUUGAUCCAGAUGCCUUGCCAUUUGCAAGGAAGGUGAAAGAAGCUGGUCGUCAAGGACUAAGGGAAGGUGCAAGCCUUGUGGAAGUGGUGCGGCAGGUAAAGCCUGAUGUACUUCUUGGUUUGUCAGCAGUGGGCGGCCUGUUCUCGAAAGAGGUAUUAGAGGCACUUAAAUGUUCAACUUCAACUAGACCAGCAAUCUUCGCAAUGUCAAACCCUACAAAAAAUGCUGAGUGCACCCCCGAUGAAGCAUUUUCCAUUUUGGGUGAGAAUAUUAUAUUUGCAAGUGGAAGCCCAUUUAGAGAUGUGGAUCUCGGAAAUGGUCAUAUUGGCCACUGCAACCAAGGAAACAACAUGUACCUUUUUCCUGGGGUUGGACUUGGUACCCUUCUAUCUGGCUCUAGGAUCAUCUCUGACGGCAUGUUACAGGCAGCAGCUGAGUGCCUAGCUGCAUAUAUGACAGAGGAGGAGGUUCAUAAGGGAAUUAUAUUUCCUUCAACAUCGAGAAUACGUGAUAUAACAAAGGAGGUAGCUGCUGCUGUGAUCAAGGAAGCUAUAGAAGAGGAUCUGGCAGAGGGAUACCGUGAAAUGGAUGCCCGAGAACUCCGGAAACUUACUCAGGAGGAAAUUGUAACAUAUGUGAAGGACAACAUGUGGAGUCCAGAAUACCCGACGUUAGUUUACAAGAAGGAUUGAGCACUUUGUAUCCCGGAAAAAUCUCCAUUUAUCUGUAAGUCAUGUUUGGCUACAGAAGCUAUGAACAAGAUGCCUUUUAUGAGCUUUACAUUGGAACACAACGCGGUGUUGUCCGUGUUUAUUGCAGGGUUACUCAUUAUUUGCUACAUAAACCAAUCCACUUAUGUUGGAUAUUACAUUGAAAGGUUGUCCAGAUACAGUUUAUCGAUUCAAUUUCCUAAUAAUGGGAAAUUUAGCAAUGGCUUUGACUUUGUUUCGCAAGUUGGGUUGCUAUCAUUGCUUCUAAUUUCAUGUAUGAAUCCGAAACAUAAUUCUAUGGUAUUUGAAACAAAUUUUUAUUCAGUAAAACCAAAUUUCCCUA